GCAUACUUCAAUUCCUAUUUUGAUUCGUUCGUAGCAAAUUUCGCACGUGCGUUUACUUGGAACGGUGUAACCGACUUUCUAAGGCAUACAACUGAACUGCUAUUUGAUGGUGGAAUCCUGACACAGGUUUUAGAAAUGAUAUAUUUGGCUGGAAAAUCAAAUGUGAAGAAUAAAGACAAUGAAAUCACAGGCACAGUUUCCAGAAAAAGAUAUCAGGGCAGGUACCUAAUCAAUCUGGGUCUCAGUUGCCUGGCCUGAUUCAGCUGAAUGGAAAUGCCCUGCAUCAGAUGCCAAAUUUAGGUGUUUUUCCAAAUAUGGACGCUGAAUUUCUUAGAGCACGAUCUCUUACGCUUGAAAGAAUAUGUAACAAAUUACUGCUUAAGUACCAGCAUCCUGUUACAGAAGCACAUAAAAGGAAGGUUAAGGAUCUUGCAAAACGUCUCGAGGAGGGCCUGUUAAAAGCUGCUAUAUCUAAGGAGGACUACAUGAACUUAGACACACUAGACAGUCGCUUAUCUAAUUUCCUUAGAAUGUCAUCUAUGACUACUAACCACCAACAACAUCCUCAGCUUGUUAGCUCUUCUCCAAUUGCUACAAUGAUACCAACACCUGGCAUGUCACAUAUUACAAAUUCCACCAUGAUCACGACAUCUUCUGUGGAUACGACAAUGAUUGCUGCCAGUGGAUCUAACAGCAUAGCAUCGCCAUCUGUCAAUAGUGUAAACAUGUUACCAGCAGGUGGCAUGCUUGGCAGCACCUUAAAUAGAUCUGAUGGUUUGUCUAAUGGUUACAAGCACUCUGCUACAAGUUUUUCCAUUGGUUCAGGAGGAAAUAUGUCAUCCGUUGGGGUGCAAAGAGUCACUAGUCAGAUGAUUCCAACUCCAGGAUUUAGUGUCAGCAAUAAUCAUUCAUAUACAAAUAUGGAUCCUUCGAGUAACAACUGUUCUUUUUCCGGUGUUGAUUCUACAUUACUAUUGCCAUCACAGUCUCAGCCACAGCGGCACCAGAAGCUGCAAGAUAGUGACCACAACAAUCAUGCAUUGCACAACCUUGGCAGUCAAAUUGAUGGUGGAAGGAGAUCUGAUUUACUGCAAAACACAUUUGCAUAUCCAAAUGGUUCUAUCAAUAGUGGGCUAGGUUUGAUUGGAAACAGCAUACAAAUUGCAAAUGAACUCGGGACUGAAGACUACACUUCAGCAUACUCUAAUUCCCCUAAGAACUUACAGCAGCUAUUUGAUCAAAAUCAACAACCAGUAGUGCAGGGUGACAAAUAUGGAUUGAUUAAUGUUGACACUUUUAAUUCUGGAAGCUUUUAUGCAUCUGCAACAUCCUCUGGCUCUAUGUUGAACACUCAGAGCAUGAAUGCUGUAAAAUUGCCCUCAAUCCCCAUUUCUAGCUCACUCAUAAGUGGUCAUUCGAAUUUGCACAGUAUGAAUCAUACUGCUCAUCACAACUCUCAAGCAAUAAGUUCAUUAAAAAAUUUAAAAUUCCAGUCUUCCCUGACUUCAAGAAAUGACCGUUUAAAUACUCAACAUCAAUAUGAGCAAAGAACCCAACAAUGUCACCAGUCAGAUUGGUAUGCUCCACAGCAAUUUCAGCUGAAUCAGCAAAGUCAGCAACCUCAGCAUUUGGUCAACAAUGAUGCCUUCCCUCAGUCUCAACUCUCUUCCGGUCUAGACAAUAACAUAAAGUCUGAGCCUGGUGUUGAACCACAUAAAGAAAUUUUCACUUCUCAGCUUUCUGAGCAGUUCCAUACACCUGAAAUGCACAACCAUUUCCAACAGAUUCCUUCUAAAGACUGCUCUAAGGUUGCUCAGCAGCAGGUUUCAUUGGAUCAGCACAACUCAUCCUCAUCACCACCUCAAAUUUCUCAACAAAUGUUGCAUCCUUAUCAACUGGUUUCAGAGUCUCAAAAUAAUUUUAACUGCCUUUCAGUUGGGUCACAAUCUAAAUCCAUACUUAAAAAUCAGUGGCCUCGACCACAAGAUGAAAAUGAUGUUCCUAAGGGUAUGUUACAUGAACAACAUCUUCCCAUUGAUUUUCAUCAAAGAAUACCAAGGCAAGAUGAAACCCAAUGCUGUAAUUUACCAUUAGAUGGAUCUAUUAUUGGUCAAGCUGUUGCCUCUAGAAGCUCAGUUGAGCUGCUAGACCCAAUCAAUUCUAAAGAGAAGGAACACAGAAACCAACAAAAGUGGCUUUUAUUUUUGUUUCAUGCUCGAUGCUGUUCUGCCCCAGAAGGGCGAUGCCAAGAACGCCAUUGUUCUAUUAUGCAGAAGUUAUGUAAUCAUGUAGAUAGAUGCAUUAUAUCUCAUUGUCCAUAUCCUCGUUGUGGUCGUACCAGGAAAUUGCUUCAUCAUUACAUAAAAUGCAGGAAUCCACAUUGCCCUGUUUGCAUUUUAGUAAGGAAGUAUAGACAUGCAUUUCAACUUAAGUCCCGAAUUCAGUCAGAUCUUGAACCAUGUUUGCCAGUUGCUUUAAAUGUAUCCAGCGAAACCUUUAAUGCAGCGGGCCUUUCAUCUAGAUUGAUCUCCAAGUCUCAACUAGUGGUUGAAAUUUCAGAAGACCUACCAGCUCCAAAGCGUAUGAAAACUGAGCAAUAUACCCAGUCCACUAAUCCUGAAUAUGAUAGCGCUGCCUCAUCUGCUCUUCCAAACUGUGAAUUACGAGAUUCAAAGGAUACUCAAUGCCAGUCCUACUCAUGUGGGGAUAUGUCUAUAUCAAUUAAAUCUGAGCUUAAUGAAGUUAAAGCAGAAGUUCUGGCACAUUCAAUGCAUGAAAAUCUCAGCGAGACAAGAAUGGAGGAGGAUAAUGCACAUGACAAAAGGCCCACUGCUAAGCCUGUCACAUACAAUGAGCCUGCUAAUAUAGCUAGGCUGGAGAAUAUUAGAACUGAGAAAGAAAGUGGUCAAGAUAAGCAAGAAAAUGUGACCCAGCCAUCUGAACCUGGAGCUGCAACCAAGUCUGGUAAGCCAAAAAUAAAGGGAGUCUCAUUGACAGAGCUGUUUACUCCUGAGCAAGUCAGGGAACAUAUCACUGGCCUCAGGCAAUGGGUUGGCCAAAGCAAAUCAAAGGCAGAGAAGAAUCAAGCAAUGGAGCAUUCGAUGAGUGAGAACUCCUGUCAGUUGUGUGCAGUAGAGAAAUUAACUUUUGAACCACCCCCUAUUUAUUGCACAACAUGUGGUGUUCGGAUUAAACGCAAUAAUAUGUAUUAUACAAUGGGUACUGGUGAUACACGACACUAUUUUUGUAUACCAUGCUACAAUGAGCCUCGUGGAGACACCAUUGUUGUUGAUGGAACUUCUUUUCCUAAGUCAAGGUUAGAAAAGAAGAAAAAUGAUGAGGAAACAGAGGAAUGGUGGGUUCAAUGUGAUAAAUGUGAAGCAUGGCAACAUCAAAUUUGUGCCUUAUUUAAUGGUCGAAGAAAUGAUGGUGGACAAGCUGAAUAUACAUGCCCUAACUGCUAUAUUCAAGAAGUAGAAAGAGGUGAGCGCAAGCCCUUACCCCAAAAUGCUGUUCUUGGAGCCAAGGAUUUACCCAGAACAAUUCUCAGUGACCAAAUAGAGCAACGAUUAUUUAGGAGACUAAAGCUUGAGAGACAAGAGAGGGCCCGACUUCAAGGGAAAAAUUAUGAUGAGGUGCCUGGAGCUGAAUCUCUUGUCAUAAGGGUUGUGUCCUCUGUUGACAAGAAGUUAGAAGUUAAACAGCGGUUUUUGGAGAUUUUUCAGGAAGAAAAUUACCCAACAGAAUUCCCAUAUAAAUCAAAGGUAGUUUUGUUGUUUCAGAAGAUUGAAGGGGUGGAAGUAUGCCUCUUUGGCAUGUAUGUUCAAGAGUUUGGAUCUGAAAGUAAAUUUCCAAAUCAGCGCCGGGUUUAUCUUUCAUAUCUGGACUCUGUUAAGUAUUUUAGGCCCGAGGUUAAAGCAGUGACUGGAGAAGCUCUUCGAACAUUUGUUUAUCAUGAAAUUCUGAUUGGAUACCUUGAGUAUUGCAAGAAACGUGGUUUCACUAGCUGCUACAUUUGGGCUUGUCCGCCACUAAAGGGUGAAGAUUAUAUUUUAUAUUGUCAUCCAGAAAUUCAGAAAACACCAAAAUCUGAUAAGCUUAGGGAAUGGUACCUUGCUAUGUUAAGAAAAGCUGCCAAGGAGAAUAUUGUGGUUGAUCUCACCAACUUGUACGACCAUUUCUUUGUAUCUUCUGGUGAAUGUAGGGCGAAGGUUACAGCUGCAAGGCUCCCAUAUUUUGAUGGUGACUAUUGGCCUGGGGCGGCCGAGGAUUUGAUUCAUCAGCUUCGCCAAGAGGAAGAUGGAAGAAAACAAAAUAAGAAAGGAACAACUAAGAAGACUAUAACAAAAAGGGCUUUAAAAGCAUCUGGUCAGUCAGAUCUUUCUGGAAAUGCCACAAAGGAUCUUCUCCUGAUGCACAAACUUGGCGAAACCAUUUCCCCAAUGAAGGAAGAUUUUAUCAUGGUUCAUUUGCAGCAUGCAUGCAGUCAUUGUUGUAUUCUGAUGGUGUCAGGCAACCGUUGGGUUUGCAGGCAAUGCAAGAAUUUUCAGAUUUGUGACAAGUGUUAUGAAGCAGAACUAAAGCGUGAAGAAAGAGAGCGGCAUCCUAUCAACCAGAGGGAGAAACACAUCCUUUAUCCUGUGGAAAUUAUUGAUGUACCUGUCGAUACAAAGGACAAAGAUGAGAUUCUUGAGAGUGAGUUCUUUGACACUAGGCAGGCAUUUCUGAGUCUCUGUCAGGGAAAUCAUUAUCAGUAUGAUACUCUAAGGCGGGCCAAGCAUUCCUCUAUGAUGGUUCUCUAUCAUCUUCAUAAUCCAACUGCUCCUGCAUUUGUUACUACAUGUAAUAUUUGCCGUCUUGACAUAGAAACAGGCCAAGGUUGGCGUUGUGAAGUCUGCCCUGAAUAUGAUGUGUGCAAUGCUUGCUAUCAAAAGGAUGGUGGCACUGAUCAUCCUCAUAAAUUGACAAAUCAUCCAUCAAUGGCAGAUCGUGAUGCUCAGAACAAGGAAGCUAGGCAACAACGAGUAUUACAGUUACGAAGAAUGCUUGAUCUUCUUGUGCAUGCAUCUCAAUGUCGUUCUGCCCAUUGCCAAUAUCCAAAUUGUCGGAAGGUGAAGGGGCUUUUCCGUCAUGGGAUGCAUUGCAAAACACGUGCCUCUGGAGGUUGCGUUCUAUGUAAGAAAAUGUGGUAUUUGCUUCAACUCCAUGCUCGUGCCUGCAAAGAAUCUGAAUGCCAUGUACCACGUUGCAGAGAUUUAAAAGAACACUUGAGGAGGUUGCAGCAACAGUCUGAUUCACGGCGAAGAGCAGCUGUAAUGGAGAUGAUGAGGCAGAGAGCUGCAGAAGUUGCAAACAGUUCUGGAUGAGUAUUUUUUAUUUUUGGGCAUGUACAUGUGUUGGAAAAUGCUCUUGGCAAAUAUUAACUGCUGGAAACCGUAUUCUGACCAGCUGUGCGAAGAUGGUUUGUAUGACUAGAAGAUAUAGCCUCUCGAGAUUUGCUUGUCUAUAUGCAUGACCUGAUUGAUCCCAUAAGGAUCAUUCAGCUCUGCUCACUAGUAAUGCCUUUCUCUAAGCGGGUCCAGCUGGGUAUAACUGUGGCGGUGCCUUUGUAUGCGAGUCGAUUUGAUGAUUCUUUGAUAUUGCCAGUUUCUCCUGUCAUCUCUAACGAUCAUUCUGUGGCAAAUGUCCUAUAUUCUUAAUUCCUCAAAGUAUCUUACUUUUUUUUUGGCGGGCGGGGGGAUUGAAGUCGCAUUUUGUCCUCUUCGCAAAGAUUGACACUUCCUGUAGUAGUUUUAAUUUAAAGAUGAAAGAAUCAAACAGUAGUUACAGAAAUUCGUAGUAUAUGUUCUCCUCUGAGAUUUAGAGUUUGGAAAUGGGUUGCAUGGCAAGUAAUUUUAUCAA